GAAGUAUUUCAGGAGCAGUUAGCACCUCUAUCUACUCGUAGUUUAGAAGUUGAAGCAUUAAUGUUGGAUUUGUCCUAAAAGGGAACCACUACAACUCAGCAUUUUAUAUGGUAGGCUACUUUCUCAACAAAUAUCAACCAUAGCCAGGCGGAGAAAUACAUUUUAAAGUAUGUUUUUUCUUUGUGAAAAAGGCAAGAGGUGGAUUUUCAGUAGGCCUACUACCACAACUAGAUACUGAAAAAAACUGAACUAGUUUUUAUUUCCUAUUCCGUUUUAUUGAAAAACGCAUUGGACGAGGAAUAAACUAGAAACCUUAUAAAUUCAUAUUUAUACUUUUGUGUGGGAGAGCGAGAAAAGUGCCACAAUUGGACAUUGAGUAUUUCACUAUGGAAGAAAAUUCUAAUGGCAAUAGAGAGCAUCAAGAUUCGGGCGAAGAGUCCAACAGAGCUAUUCUUCCUCUUCUCCAAGCACCUGGGAACCAGCAACCGCACAGGAUCACCAACUUUUAUAUUGAUAAUAUUUUACGACCAGACUUUGGACGGAGGAAAGAUGGGACUUUUAAUUAUGAUGAGAAUCACCUCAAUGGACGAGAGAAUAGUCCUGGCCUUCCCCCAAAAUCUGGGCAGUUCGGUGGGACGGUGUCAGGGGAAGGAACAUCGAAUUCUCGUUCAGUCAGUGAGCCAAAAAAAGCAGAUAUUGUUGCAGAUACGCUUCUCAAGCCCGCAGAAGAAAUUGGAGAUCAGUGCCUGAGCUCCGACUCGGAAAGUUCUCAUGCCAAUUCUGCACCUUCGUCGAAACCUAUGCUCUGGCCAGCCUGGGUGUAUUGUACAAGAUAUUCGGACCGACCAUCAUCAGGGCCAAGAUCUCGAAAACCAAAGAAGUCGACCACGACAACGACACCAAGCAAGGAUGACAAGCGUCCAAGAACGGCCUUCACAGCAGAACAGCUCCAGAGACUAAAAACGGAGUUUCAGACUAAUCGGUACCUGACCGAACAGAGAAGACAAAGUCUGGCACAAGAACUCGGCCUCAACGAAUCUCAAAUUAAAAUCUGGUUUCAAAACAAGAGGGCCAAAAUAAAGAAGGCUACUGGAAAUAAAAACUCUUUAGCCUUGCACCUGAUGGCACAAGGACUAUACAAUCAUGCCACAUCAUCUAAGGAUGAAAAAUCAGACAGCGAUUGAAGAAAAAUAAACAAUGCAAUAAAUAACUUUAAAGGGCCAGUGUACAUAAUACCAGCAGAUAUUUAAACAUGAAUGAGACAGGAUUUUGCAAUUUUCUGUAGCCUAUAUACAGUAUAUAGGGACUAAACCAUUUUGUGUUGUAACACUUGCCAUGUACUCCCUGAAACUUUAGAAUGCUUCAUCAUCAUUAAAGUUUGUUGGGUUUUUGUUGGGUUUUUAGCAAGUUGUUCUUUUUUUUGUUGGUAGGCGUACUUGACUUUGUGGACACGUUUAACGAAAUAAUGAAAACAGGCUGAAGUCCAAAGAUUUUUUCUGCUGCAUUUUACAAACUGUGAAUUUAAACAGCCUAAAUUGUGUUUAUCUGUGAUUUUAAUUUGUAUCAAACUGUUUCGUUGUAUUUUGAUGUUUAUUUGAGGUUCCUUUGUUUUGUGUAAAAAAUACAGCCUUUCUGAGUUGAUAUGGAGGGACCAUACGCAUUGAAUUAUGCGUAUUAUCUGAUAAGAAUGUCUUUUUAUAUUCGAAUUCUGCAUUAGCUAGGCUAUAGUUCUCGUGAGCAUUACAUUUGAAUUAUUUCAGCAAAAUAAUUCCGCUUUGGGUAGGCCUAGACUACUUAUAGGCUAUUGAUAUGAGACAGAUUUGAUAAAAAAUAAAUAUAUUCAACAGGCCUAUACGUUACUUUAAACUUGACCCAAACUAUAGAAAUGAGUUGAGGCUUAAAAUGAAUGUAACCUAACUUAACUUUCACUAAAGGACCUCUGUUGAAAUAGAUAGCAUAUUGUAAGAAAAACAAAACAGUAUUAUAUAAACCGAAAUAUGUGUCUGGUAUGCAAGCGUAUAACACCAACUUCCAUUGGUUAACAAUGCUACGAUGCAACCAAAAGUUUAAGUCAUGCGCGCUUAGCUCAUAUCCAAUGGGUUUUAAAUAGGGAGGAGUGGUGGAUGGCAACAACUGGAAUUGAACAGAUAUCCAUUUUGAAAUGAUCAUGGAAAUGCAAUCGUUUUGGGUCAGUUCCACUACCAACAAAAUACAUUUUUACCCCGGCUCAAAUCAGGAUUUCAGUGCCAAGUGAAGCCUAUACGGACUGUAUGUCUUCAUUUCAAUCAUUAUAGUUUUAUUAACAACUUCAGGGAUGAAGUAACGCCAACGGGCGUCAUAUAUAGGUUUACUGUACAAAUAAUGUAGGCAAUAGAUACGGUAAAGAGGUCAAUCGAACUCGACCAAAUCACUGGAAUUGCCAUGGAAACGAUUAGGGGAAAGGGCCAUGGGGUCAAGAUCCCGAGUCUCAUUGUCCCCCAGCAAAAGUAGCCUAAAUUUAGGCUAUUGUUUAUAUGUGUAUUUCACACUAUGUUGAGGUAAAACUCGGAGUAAAAUGCGUGUAUGGAUGUCCACACAAACACAUGUUCAUGUAAUCGUUACCAAUCAACUGCAUUACAGUUACAAACGAAUUUUACUACCACCACCGAUUUCUGUACGCUAGCUAUGCUAACCAGUUUAUACGAGCAGGAGUUAGCAUUUAGCAGUCACUUCUUCUAAACCUGAAAAGGGACAACUUCUACAUGUUAUGCAGCGAAAACAGCCAAAUAUAUCCAAAAUCGGACUUAAGUAACCACAUUGUGGGCCUGUUACAAUAUAUGACGGAUUUAAAGAAAAUCCACUUUGUUAGAGCAGAUCUGUUGAAUGUGCGCCAAUCUGGUCUGCGUUCCAUUGAAUCCUUUACCGCAUCUAUCUAUAUCAAAUAGUCCAUGCGUUCUAUAGUAUGACAUCCAUAUUAUUUGCAAAUAACAUAACAUUCAUAUUUAUGAACAAUACUCAUAGUCUAAGUGGUCAUGUUUCUCGAAAAGAGACUUCUGGAAUGUUUACAUAACUUAUUUAUCUUGCAAUACCUUGUUUUUGUGAAUGAAACGUUUAGAGGCCUUUGCAUGAAAGCUGCAAUCUGUCACCUGUAUAUCAUGUGAGACAAACGUUGCUGUAUCCAUACCAAAUUGUGGUCUUAUGAUGUGAAUUUCUUUCAUUGUCAAUAUUAAAGUGUGUGUAAAUUAAAAUCCAAACUUAAAACACA